AUGGCAUCCUCCGAGCAGGUCAUGCCCCCAGCGGACAGCACCGCAGAAUCCGACUCUACCAUCUACAUCAGCCCCGAUGCCACCGACAAGAUAGCCCUGCACAUCGAAUGCCCCGUUCCCUCCUCCCCUCCGGAGACCCGCACCAGCACCCUCAUCGUCUCGAAGGCAGUUCUGAUGGAUGCGUCCCCGGUCUUCAACCGCAUGCUCACCAACAACGCCAGGCAGAAGGCGCAGUCUCCCAGCGCUACAGGCUCUGACCACCUCACCAUCGACGGUACCCUCUACGGCGAGACUGCGUUCAUCGACAUGAUGUACAUCCUGCACGGGGAGACAAUCGCUCCCGAUCGCUAUGACCGGCUCAGCAAAUUCAUAGACCUGGCCACCGUGUUGGAUUACUCUGGCUGUGGGUGGGAUCGAGUGCCCGACAUGGAGACCAGCAUCGCACUGGCCCUGAGAAAGGAUCCGUACUGGGUCAACCUCGACACGGCUAUGGAGUGGGCCUGGGUGGCGUGGUUCUUUUGGGACACGGACGUCUUCGAGCAGGUCACGGCGUAUGUGAUCGGGCAUUCGGAAGAUAGAAUCAGUGCUCGUCCGCUUCGUCUCCCUGAGUAUGUGUGCGCGUUGAUGAAUGAAUGCCGAGAGCGCUCAAUCAGGGACCUUCUCAAGCCUCUCCGGGGAUAUAUCGAGGCGGCGUUGCGUCACGAUUGUCCCCUAUUGCACGAUAGCGCCUGGAGGGACAGGCUCAUACUAUCACCAACCGUCAUCGACGCCGACCCCACUUCCGACACCUAUCGCGGCUCGGACCGGUGCAUGCACGUUAUCAAAGCAACGAUCCCCAAGCUGCACCAGGAUGGGGAGUCGCUGUAUUCGUUGCCUGAGCGCCCGUAUGCGGGGUGCAGCUUCAGGCAGCUGAGCCCCGCGUUAUCCCGCGAUGUGCCUAAGGAGCUGGAGUGGGAUCUGAUGAGCUACGAGCCAUACUGGCAGUGCCUGGGCCCUCUUAGGACCUUGCUUCUUGGGCUGCGAUCUGAUGAGAGGAAGAUGAAGCGACUGACGAUAAACGAUGUUGGUAUUGUCAUCAUCGCGCCAGUGAUUGAAGCUUGUCCGUACCGCAGCUGCUGGAAUCUCGACAGCACUUUGGGGUCGUGCGAUUGCAGGUAUUGA